GUCGAGGGCAUCGCGAGCGGACGCAGCCUCGUUGAUGACAGUCUUUUUGUCGAGGUCAAAAUGAUUGUUUGCGGGCUGAGAAGCCAGUCUUCUUUUCGGGAUCAUGACGUAUCUGUGAAAUCAUGAGGGCGAAGUGCAAGAUUGACAACAUGUGAACUUGCAUUCAGGUCGAAGUCAAGCCUUCUUCUGUAAAGACCCUAGACAGAACCGAACACAACGUAAUCAGCAAUACAAGCAUCGCGAUGACAAUCAACGGCAAGUGUUAUUGCGGCGGCAUAGCCUGGCGUGUCGUUGGCAAGGUCGACUUCACUUGUGCUUGCCAUUGCAGAGACUGUCAAUGUAUCUCCGGCUCCGGCUAUGGCUCUACAUCCCUCGUCAUCUACGAUCCCAAAGGUGUAGAGUUCUCUGGCGAGGUCCAACCAAAGGUCUACCACGCCAAGUCGGACUCUGGUCAUCAUACGCAGCGCGGCUUUUGUCCUGAGUGCGGCACAGUACUGUUCAAUCAUGUCUCUGAAGGCGAGGAAGAUGAGCAGUGGGAAAUCCGUACGGGCAGCAUGGCCGACUCGAGAGCUUUGAGAAUGGACAAGGAGAUCUUCAUGAAGUCAAAGUUGUCCUGGGUGCCAAUCGUGACCAAACCCGAUAGCCACUAUAUUGGCAUGCCGAAACGAAAGAAUCAAGAUCCUCAGACGACCAUCCAUGAGACCUUAAAUGAGGACGAGGAUUUGAAGGGUGAACUGCCGGGUGAGGACGAAAGUCAGAAUGAAGGAGACGAGAAGAAGCCCAAGAGCAAGACAGGCGGGAAGGGACAGAGUACAAUUGAGGAAAGCACACACGUUGAAGCGGGAAGUGCAAAGGGGACGAAGCGGAAUAAGACCACUUGAUAUCACCGGUCAAGGGAAGUGUUGAUGCUGCUCGCUCUCUCACCAGCUUUCUACAGAUGUCUUGAUCCCCAUGACUGGGUGAGGUGAGUAUACAAUACAAAGGAGAAAUUAAUCUGCCAUGUGACUC